AUGAGUAUUAUAUAAAAUGCCUCUUAAGACAUUAGAAUUAAUAAUCUUUAGACAGAUUUAAAGCAAUUGUCAAUUAAUACAAAUUUAUAUAUGCUUUAAUCAAAAGAUGAAAUAGCUUAGUUAAAUGAAAAGAUAAAUUAGAUCAUCUAUUAAUAAAAUCUAAAUGCUACUGUAUAUAAAUGAUUCUAUAGUUAGAACAUAAAUAUUAUUCAAGAGAAAUUGAAUUAGAGAGUAGAAAAAAUAUUUAUGGAACAUGAAGCAACCCUUAUUAAUAAAAUAAAAGAAAUAGAAUUGUAAAAAUAAAUGUAACAUGAGGAAGAAAUAAAAAAGAGAGAAGAUAUGUUCAAUAAAUUUGUAUAGCUUGAUUAGUAAGUAGAUAAAUUGGAUAAAAAAUUUGAAUUAAAGGCCAACGAUAAGUUUAUAGUUAGUACAAUAUAAAAUAAUCUAAUGAAUAAUCAAUUACUACAAUAAACAUUAAUUGAUAAAUCUAUUAAGUUAAUUGAUGAUCUAUUGAAAUAGAAAAUUGAGGAAAUGUAAAAAUGGACUGAUGAGAAGAUUUAAUAAUAAUAUUAUCAGAUAUAAAAUUUUUCUACUUAUCUAAGAAAAUCAGAAAGGGUAGUUGAAGAACUAUAAAGUGCUAUUACAUUAACGAAAAAUUCAACUAUAGAAUUUGAAAAGGAAUUUUUACAAUAGAUUAAUGAUAUUUCUUAAAAAAAUUAAAUUUUUAAAGAAACUAUUACAAUCCAAACUAAAAGGUAUUCAUUUUUUUAAAUAUUAAAGUAUGAUGACUUAAAGUACACAAAUAAAGUAAUAAUUUGAUUAAUUAGAAUAAAAAAUUUAACUUGAGAUGAAAAAUAUAUUAGAAAAAUAAAAUAACAUCUUAAAUUAAUUUUAAAUAAAGUUAGAUCAAAUAAAUAAUUAUAUACAAUUUUGUUUAAAUAGUUCAGAAGAAAAAGUAUUUACUUUAUGCAAAUAAGAAGAUUAAGAUUUAAUGGAAAAACUAACUAAUUAAUUUGAGAGAAGAUUUAAUACUAUUCAAGAGAAGACUAUCUCUUUAGAAUAAGAAAUUAAUAAUUAAGCAGAAAUUUGUAUCUAAACCAAAGAAAAAUUAAAUACUUACUUAAAAAGUUAAUAAGUUCAUUAAAGGUUAUAUCAAAAAAAGGAUGGAAUACAUCAAUUAAACUAGAAAUAAACUACAAAGGAUUAGUUAUUAGUUAUUGAUAAUUUAUUUAGGUAUAUUUCAUAAAUAUACUCACAAAUACAUAAAUCCAUAAAAAUACCAGAGAAUGAAUAAUAUUAAACUAUUCAAGAAUCUACUAAACAUUCAUAAUCAUGUUCUUAAGUUUUCCUAAUUGCAGAACAAACGUAAUCAACAAAAAAAAUACAUGUAUCUCCAAAUAAAAGUCCUGAAAAAGUUGAGAAAGUAACAAAUGAUAAAAUGGAUUUAAAGGAUUAAAGAACUUAAAUGUCAUCUGUAGAAAAAAAUAAAGGGGAAAUACAUAAAAUUUAGGAUAAAAGUCCUUAUGCAACAUUAGAAAAACCUAACUAAGUAGAUAAAAUUGGAGAAGAGAUUUUUAGUGAUUCUAAAUUGUAAGAAUCAAAUCAUUACCCAUUAUUAGUAGUUGGAAAAAGUAUAAUUUUUAAUUAAUAAUAGCUUAAUUGUUGGAUAUAAGACCAUAGUAAGAUUUACUAUCAAUAUAACAAAAAAUAAAGAAAGUCCAAGGUAUUCUAGGAGUCGAUCUACUUGGUUAAAGAUAAAAUAAUAAUAUAUAUUAAGCUUAAAGAUGUAAUUCUGCAUCAAAAAGACUACCUAAAAUCAAUUCAAGAAAUUUAAACUUUAGUAUUGAUUGA